AUGACCCGUUAUCAGUUGCUGCCCAACGACGUUGACGUCGAGCAGGCAGACGGAAACAAAGAGACCAGCUCCCCCCAAUCUGCAAAAGCUUACUUCAAGGGACUUGCGUUCCGGCUACUCGCAAUAUUCACCAUAACAUACAUGCUCGUGCGCGGUUUACUCAGCAUACCGAAGCCGGCCUUCCUUCAACGAGGAUGCCAUGGCCGAAACACUAGUAUGGUGGGCGGACUACCAUCACACUUUGUACUUUCUACAGGAGCCAAGAUACCUUCUGUUGCGCUUGGUGUUUGGCGUGCAGAGAAAGAUCAAGUCGGUGAGGCUGUCAAGGUCGCUUUAAAAGCAGGUUAUAGACACAUAGACGGGGCUUGGAUUUACAGGAACGAGCAGGAAGUUGGACAGGCUCUCAAGGAAAGCGGUGUCCCGAGGGAUCAGGUUUGGCUCACGUCCAAGGCAAGCCUUUGGAACACAUUCCAUGCUCCUGAGGACGUUGAACCAACUCUCGACGAAUCCUUAUCCUACUUGGGAACUGAUUACCUCGACCUAUAUAUUAUCCAUUGGCCAGUUGCUUUUUACAAAGACGGCACCAAAUAUGAUCGCGACUUGACCGCAGACCCUUAUCCAACAUGGCAGAAGCUGGAAGAAAUGGUGGCCAAGGGUAAAGUGAAGAAUAUCGGCGUCAGCAACUUCAAUCUUCGCAGGAUGCAAAACCUUACUGCGAACCCACUCAAAGUCAAGCCAGUCGUCAACCAGGUCGAACUGAACUAUUGGAACCCUCAGCCUGAGCUGCUCAAGUGGUCCCAAGAUAAUGGAAUCGUUCUCCAAGCUUACUCUCCUCUCGGAAGUUCCGAACAAGUCAAGGAGACUCUGUCUGUUCCAGUGAUCAAAGACAUCGCAUCUGAGAUGGGCAUCACCCCCGCGCAAGUGAUUAUCUCCUGGCACAUCCAAAGAGGGACCAUCGUGUUACCCAAGAGCGUCCAUCCAUCGCGGGUCGAAGAAAAUUUCAAAGUCGCCGCGCUGCCUAAAGAAGCGUUCGACCGUCUGGAGAAUGCUGCAACGUCGCAUCCUCCUCAGCGCGUAUUUAAUCCGAGUAAGAACUGGGGUUUAGAUUUCGAUGUCUUUGACGAUACGCCUUUGUAA